AAUGCGUAGCUAGUCAACGAAGAAAAGUUAAUGGACAGUUUGCGUAGUGCGCGAACAAAUCCGGAUGGCGGCGCUCAAGUCAACUAAAUCCACCGACGAAGAAGAAAGAAGGCCAAAAAAAAAAGAGAAGCGUGUUUGUAAAAAUGGCGGCCUCCGUGUCCGGCUCAACUCUCGUUCAACGUUUGUCGUAAUCUUCUCCUCACUUUCUCCACAGUUUUGUCUGUGUUUGCUCAUAGUAGGAGAAGCUCCGACUACCAGGCGAGGGUUCGGCUUUCAGAGCCCCAUGCGAGGAUGCGGAGAGGCGGCGGCGGGGCGGCAGGGGUCACGCUGGCUGUCCUCCGCCUCCUCCGACCCGGCGGCUUCGGCGGGGUGUCUGCGGGGCGGACCCUGUGGCCGACACCACCAAGGUGUCCGCCGCGCAGGCGUCUGUGCUCGUCCGGACCCCCGUGGAGGCUGCUGUUCUUAGGCUCGGAUCACUUCGCCGUGGAGUCCCUCAAGGUCCUCGCGGCAGAAAGGAGUCGCGCGGGAGGCGCAGUGUCGUCGUUGGAGGUGGCGACGCUGAGCGCCGACGUUCCGGUGGCAGACUUUGCCCGGCGGCAGCGUCUGGCGCUGCACGCGUGGCCGCCGGCAGAUGUGGACGGACGCUUUGACGUGGGCGUGGUGGUGUCCUUCGGGUGUUUGCUCCACCAAACAUUCAUUGACAAGUUUGCUUGUGGCAUCCUAAAUGUCCAUCCCAGCCUUCUGCCUCGGUGGCGCGGUCCGGCGCCAAUCUUCCACACCAUCCUCAACGGAGACACCGUGACGGGCGUGACCAUCAUGCAGAUACGUGCUCGCAGAUUCGACGAGGGUCCCAUCCUGAACCAGGCUCUCCACACGGUCCCCGAGACCAGCACGGCCGAGCGGCUCGCCGACGUCCUCGCCGUCAAAGGCGCUCGGCUGCAGCUCCUGGACACGUUACGGGACUUGCCUCGGCGGAUGGCCGACAAGCGGGAGCAGAGCCCAACCGGCGCCACCUUCGCCCCGAAGAUCGGCGUCUCCAUGAGUUGGAUGGUGUGGGAGGAGCACACGUGCCGAGACAUCGACCGCCUCUACCGAGCCAUCGGAUGGCGGAUCCCUCUGAGGACCACGUGGAUGGGUCGCACCGUCAAGCUUGUGGACUUUGCCGGGAGGUGCCACAUCUCCUUUGCAGACGCGAGCGAGGAGCGGACGCCGGGGCGGGUGAGCUUUCACAAGGAGUCCGACACGCUGGCCGUGCGCUGCAAGGACGGCUGGGUGGCCUUCAAGGCGGUGAUCCUGAACAAGCGUCUGACAGCGGCCGACUUUUACAACGGUUACUUGCACCAGACGCUGAGGCGGCCUGGCGGCCUGGCGGCCCGGGACUCUGCCGCUGCCGCCUUCGUCAGCCCUCCGUCGACCAGACCGCCUGACGUCGGCAAACGUCUGCAUCGCGAUUGACGACGGGAAGAGUCGCUUUUUGGGUGACGAGGCUCCACUCUCCUGGCGGUGCCGGUAUGAAGUUCUCGCCUUCGGAAGGGUACAGUCCGUCAUUUUGGAGUGGGGUGCUGCUAGCCGCCGCCAGGGGGCGCCGCCGCCAGGGGGCGCCGCCGCCUGAUGUCUUUUGCACAUAAAAAAAGUUAAGUCCCAAUGAGCGUGACACACACACACACACAUCUGGGUGUGGUGAAAUUUGUCCUCUGCAUUGAACCCACGAUCAUACCUUGAAAAUUGUUUGAAAGACGAUGGGCAUACGUGACACAAAAUAGUCAAAUGAAUGACGCUAGUCUGUUCAAAAAGUGGUUUUUCGUCAGCAAAACACCUUAUUUAUAAUCA